UUUUUAUUUAUUUCUUUAAAUUAUCAUCAAUCGAUUAUUCAUCAACUCACUUUGGCAUUUAGCCACUUGUAUAGGAGGCGCCUCGCUCAUUUCCAAUCAUUUCUGUUUCACACACAUACGCAGCCGCAAUGUCCGGCCCGCGUCAUGGCCGCGAAGGGGCGAAAAUGUCGUUUCUCGUAAACGAGAUUAAAAAAUAAUCAGUCUGCGACGCAGAUCAUAUCAUCUAACGAGCGACGAUAACGAUCGGCAACUAGAAAGUACUGGUGGUGACCGUGCGUUUGCUGUUACGGCUAUAUCAUGCAGAACUUUGAUGAUCUUGAUAUAGAGGGACGUAAUCCUUCUCAUUUAUCAGAAGAGGAUAAGGAAAAGGAAGAAUAUGAUCGGAAGCGUAUAAUGCGAUGUAGCGUUACCGCUGAAGACGGCGCACUGAGACCCGUCUAUUCUGAGACUGAAGAUGGUGAUAUAUGGUGUCAUAUCUGUAAUGUUGCCUUGUUCGGGGCUCAUAAAUUGAUAAAUCACAAUUUGUGCAAUCGUCACAAAAUGAAAUUGGAGGAAUGGCCAUAUCCAGUUAUGCUGUGGUCCAAACGGCCGGAUGUGGCCAAGAUGGUCGCACCAGUGCAAUCUGCCAAUAUCAGCGAUACCUUGGCGCCUGGGGAGCCAGUACCACCUGGGAUGGAAGAUCAAAUAACGCGAAUCACGUCGAUACAGAUGAGCUUAGAUCGUCAUCAAAGCUCGCCGCUCGUUGGCCUUGAGUAUCUACUGGAAUUGGUGGACAACGACUCUUGUGAACCGAGUUAUACAUGUGUUUUGUGCGACAAACGUGGCGAUCCGCGCACAGUAAUGGCUCAUAUUACCAGUUACAAUCACCGUAUCACGUAUCUGAAUAGACAUUUUCCAACUAUAUCGCGCGCAAUUACGGAGUUACCGCGUACUCCUAAUUAUAAGCGCGGAGCCAAUGAAAUAUCGGUGUUAGUGGCGAAGAAAAUUGAAGAAAAGUUUGGAAGAAUGAAGCCGCAAUUGGUAGACAAAGCACAGUUUGAAAAGAAUAAAAUGCAGUAUAUCAAGAGGGUAUAUCAGGAUGUUCAUUUUAGGGAAACAUCAGAGUGUACUUUUAUGGAAGUUUACGAUGUGCGAUGGGUAACAAAUUUUGAUGAAAAAAUGGCAGAAAUGAAUGGUAAUAAUGUUAGAAAAAAAGAUACUCCUGAUAAAAAGAUUGAUGAUAAAAUUAAAAAAGAAGAUAAGAAAAAGGAAAAGUCACCUAAAAGAAUGGACUCUAAGGGAGAAACUGUAACAAAAUCGGGUUUUAAAAUGCGUAUAGUUAAUAAGGACAAAAUGAGUCUUCGCAAAACCUCGCCAAAACUUGAAGAAGAGAAAAAAUCACCAAAACGACCCUCAGACGACAUCAAAUCUCUCUCAUCACUUUCGAGCAUAUCACUUUCGAGCAGUCCAUCACCAUCCCGUUCGAGAUCUCGUUCACCAAAUCGAAAUAAAAGAAGAAGUUCCGUUGAAAGAAACGCAGGAAAGUAUCGUAAUUUGAGACAUUCGCGCGAACGUACUCGUGGUCGAUCGCGAUCACGAUCGCGAUCUUUACAGCCUCUUAGGGAACGCGACAAAUGGGAUAAGUACCGCGAGCAAAUUAGACGUGCCGAAGAAACAUUAGAUCGUGCUCUAAAGUUUCACGAGAAGAAUCCUGAAAAACAUCCGUCUUAUCCAGACGAGUGGAAGAAAUUCUGGAACAGACGAUACAAGGAACUUCAGGCUGAAGGUAAUGAUCCAAGUAAGCAUGACUUCAAGCCAGAGUGGAUAGAGUUUUGGAACAAGCGGAUGCGCGAAAUUCAUAACGAACAACUUCAACAACGGAAAGAAGAGAUUAAAAAGAGAUUGGAAUUACCUGAAGAAAAACCACCGGAAAAGUGGAUCCCACCGAGGCGGGAGCGAGAGAGGGAACGAGAGCGAGAACGUGAACGUGAACGUGAACGUGAACGUGAACGUGAACGUGAACGUGAACGUGAACGAGAGCGAGAACGAGAGCGAGAACGUUCUCCUACGAAACGUAGGCAUCGUAUAGAAAGUGAUGAUGAAGUAGAGUACGUUGGUACAAAGAUGGUUAAACCCGAAUAUUAUGAUCGUCAUGAACUCAGAGACCGAGAAUACAUGUAUCCAACAUAUUCACGCGGAAGAGGAAAUGUAUAUAGUCAUAAUUAUCCAACACGUACUAGACCAAUAUAUUAUGCGACUCCGUAUCCCGUAAAAGAUAAAUCGCCUACUCCACCAUCUGUAACCGAAGAAGUAUUGAAAGAAGAUCUUGAAGUAGUCGGUUUAUUGCGAUUACUCACAGCGCUCGAAGGACAGCUAGGUUCUCUCGGUCCUAAGAUAGUAUCACUUUUGUCUAAAGCUUUAGCUGCUGAGAAAGCAAAGCCAAAUUCCGCUGAAGAGUUAUUGUACGACGAGGAAGUAAGCGUCUUGUUUGAGACCGUUAAAGAAAAACUCAAAGGUCAAUUGUUUGCGGGCAUGGUAGAAAAAAUGGCAAUCACGGCCACUAAAACGGCUAUACAAAAUAUCGCUAAGUUGCUGCAUAGAGCUUCUGAGAGCAAAAAGAAGUUGGAAGAAGAAAAGAAAAAGAAGGAACGAGAACUUCUGGAAGCAUCUAAACCUAUGAGUUACAUUAAUCGAAGCACCUACUCAAGACCGGUGGAGAUAAUUACACCGGCUAUUAAAUCUGAACCAGUGAGCGUACCUGGUGUAGGUACAGUUGACAAAGUCGCCAUUGCUCAGCAGAUUGCCGCAGCUCUUGUCGCGCAAGGUAGAUCAAAUGUUUCGCAAGAAGAACUAGAGACUCUCAUUAACGCUGUAGUUGGUAUGGCCGAGGCGUCGAAACACUCCGAUAAACCCGUUACUACUGCUGACUUUGUCAAAGGUUUGACGAAUUGCGGCACUGCCGCUUCUCAAGCAACGGAGCUUGUCAAAACGACGACUAUCUCGGCCGAAUCCGUGGAACGACAGAAAAUAGAGAAUCUAUCGGACAUGGAUUUGAAAUUAAAAUUGCAAAAAUUUAAAGAUUUAAGCACGGAAGAACAGCAAAGUCUUAUAAGUUCCUUGAAGAAACUCGAGGCAAGUGACCCAUCAAGAGUCGAGAAGUUAAGAGACUUCGUCAAUUUAGGCAUGAAUGUAUCGACGACAUCUGUAUCUAUUUUGGGAAGUACGAAAUCACCGAGUCCAGAAGUUGAAAUUGGUAAAGGCAAAAAGAGUAAUUCUCCAUUUUCCACUCGUAAAGGAAAUCAGAAUCCAACUGACGAUGAUGAUAAAUGGAAACCUAAACUGGACAUGUUUGCGAACGAUGAGGACGACGAGCUACAAAUAAAAAAGGAUAAUGAUGACAAAGCUAAAAUCAAAACUAUAGAUUUGUCUGAUGAUGAUGACGACUAUACAUAUGAAGAUAUCUACAAGGCAGCAAAUAAGAAUGUGAGCGAGAAUGAAAAAGCAAAAAAGUCCCAUGCCUUUUCCAAAUCGCCAAAAUCUUGGUCUCGAUCGCGGUCGCGAUCACGAUCGAAAUCGAGAUCAAGAUCAAGAUCGAGAUCGCGAUCAUCAAUGUCGCAGCGAAAAGACAUGGCAAAAACAAACGAUCCAAAUGCGAUAUUGAAUGAAACCAAACGUCUAAUCGCGAAUAUUAUGUGUGACCUGCCGAAUAAAUAUGUUCCAAAAUCGCUGAGUCUGAGUGGUGAAAAAACCGAAACCAUAGCGAGUUCCGCUGAGCCAGCGCCGCCAGGUGCAAUACCGAGCUUUUACAAUCAAGGUUUUCUUCCGAGCAACCAGCCACGGCCGCAGGAACAACCGAUGACCUAUCCUAACGUCUCGAACCAACAGUUCUCGAAUUAUCAACCGCAACCGCAAAUGUUCUCUAAUAAUUCGGGAUAUGUAGACAAUGGUUAUAAUUAUCAGGGUUAUGGUAACAUGGGUAAUCAAGGUCAAUACGGUGGACCACCGAAUCAGUAUCCUCAACAAACUUACGGCUCUUACGGCGCACAAAGUGCACCUCCGUCAAACUACAUUCAGCAACCGCCGUCGCAGCAAUACGACCCGUAUAUGCAGCAACAGCGAUUUUAUUGAAUAAAAUAGUCUUCAUUGAUGAUUUUUUUAAGUCAUCUGGUUUGAUCCUACAUUCGUACAAGCUAGAAAAGAGCUCAAAUUUCAUUUUGUACAGUUGUACAAGUUUGUGUGUAUAAGUUUUGAAUUCUCUUCUCAUGUGUUCCCUCUUUAUAUAUUUUUAACAAAGUGGAUUAGGAUUUUAUUUUGAUUAAUGGAUGUAUAGCAUUCUUAUUUUUGCGCAAGUGUUUCCGCAAUGUUAAUCCUAAAAGAUGUACUUAGAAAAUUAUAAUUCCGGAUAUUCGGCCCGGUUCUUCUACGUAUGUAUCUCUAUUUAUUUGUAUAUGAAAUGAAAUCUCUGUUCACAAUUCCUCACGCAUUUCGAUAAAGAUAAAAAAAAA